CACUACAGCAACUUUCUACCAAUAAUAAUCAAGAUGAAAAACAUGAUACAUCGACUUCAACAGAAAAAUCUGAUUCUCCCAAAUCUCCCAGUGAAAAAGUUUCUGCAAAACGAAAGAAGUGUCUUCCGGUUAAAUUGAAAAAACAAUUUGAUAAUGGCACAGAGUUUAUGGAUGAAACAACUGGUAGUGAAACUGAUAUAUUGAGUCGAUUAAAAGUCGAUGAUAUUGAUGAUGGAAAUGUAGAUACUGACUGUUAUAUUGAUGAAGAUGGAUCAAAAGAUGAAUUUUGUGAUGAUCCAUAUGCACAAGGACCUGAUGUUGAUGAAUAUGAAGAUGUAGAUUUAGUUAAAGAUGAUUUUGUUUCACAUUCUACUACAAUUUUUGACAAGUCAUUAAUUGCUUCUCGUAUGUUAAAUGAUCCUAAAGAUAUCCACACAAGUACAGCUAGUGGUAUUGAUUUUGCUAUAUCUUCAGCGCAAACAAAUCAAUGUCCAUCUGAACAAUCAUUAACAACUGCAGACCGUUUAGGCCGCCGACCAUGUCCGUUGUGCCAAAAAGUGAUCUCCAACAAGUCUAACUUAUUAAAACAUAUGAGAAUUAGACAUAGUGACGAAUACAAUCCAGCUGGUUGCAGUGUGUGUGGUAAAGUGUUUAAGAACAAAUACAGUUUACGUGCGCACAUUAACAUCUACCAUAAGGAGCACUCGACUACUACCAAUUCACCUAAUCAAGGUGCAUAUCAAGUGUACAACAAUAAUGCAAUUGGUCAACAGCAACAACACCCACAACAUCAACAAUCGGCCUCAGUACAGCCUGUCAACAAUUCUACUGGUCCUUAUCUAACUAGUUCAUCGCCAGUUACUUGUUUUAACCAGUCUUCGAAUGCCACUACAACCGGUGGCUACAUUAUACAGCAGCCUCCUACAUCACCGUUCCUAAAUAAAAUCUCAUUGGAUCUCCCAUCGCCAUAUCAGUUAACAAAUCAGGCUACAUCUGGGCCACCUUUAUCACCGCUUUAACCAUUAUUUCCACCAGCAUCAGCCGGUGAAUUUUUUGAUGUUGUCGGAUGCGCUUCACGCAUGACUCAUUUGGAGGUUUAAAUUUUAACCUCAUUUUCGAGAUCGGUUACUGACUAAUUAUUUUUCAUUAUUAUUAUUAAAUAAAUAUAUAUUUAAUUAUAUUUUUUCUAGAGGGGGGAAGGGCUUGGUUUGAUGUUUGGUUAAUUUUUACUGGUUUUAAUUCAUUAUUUUAAAAUAUAUAUUGCUAUACCCGAAGUAUAAUAUUUUUAUUAAUACAUUAAAGGAAAUGUAAAAUAUAUAUAUAAAGUUUUUAAUUUAGAAUAUAUAUUAUAUUGAGUGCCAAUAAUGAUAAUGAGUAAUGAAAAAGAAACAAUCAAAUUAUGUUGUAUAAUUAAUAUUUAUUAACAAAGUUUGCUCUUUUUAGCAGAAUCUAUUAAAGGCCAAACGAGUCUAAGACUGAAUAAAAAUGAAACACCCUAAUAUUAUUCGAAUAUUACUGAUGAAUAGUAUUUUUAGCUCAUAAUUAUUAAGGAUGAAUAUGAAACAAACAUGUUCUCUGAAUAGAGAAAAUCACCUUGUACCUACUCUAUAGUAUUUCAAUGUAUACCUAUUCUUUAGCAAUAAAAUAUAUUGUAACGUAGUCAUAAUCAUAGAUGUAUCAUGUAUAAAAUUAAUAUUUACCAAAGAUAUUAUAGAACUGAUAAAUACCAAUAACAAUUUUUUAAUUGUAUUCAGUCGAAUACUAUGUGUACAUUUUGCACAUGGUUGUGUUUCAUGAUUUCUAUUUGUAUUAGAAAUUGUAUACACCGCACAAUUACCUUACUUUUGGUUUGCCACAACAGUCCCUAACAUUAUAUAAUUUGUUUACCCUUAAUAUUAAUAUUUAAUUUUGUCAUCAUGAUUUUUCACGGGUCUUUUUGUAUUAUUAAUUAGGGUUUUAUUUUGUGUAGAAUUUAACAUUGGUAUAAUAAUAUUUAUUUGGUUUAUUUCCCUUUUUUCUGCUUUUUAUUUUAAUUUUAUAUCUUAGUGAAACAUAGUAUUUCUUUAUUUUUCGGGUUCCAAAGUGUGUAUUGACUGAUAUAGUUUAUAGUAUUUAAAUAAAAUAAAAAGGAUGGAAAAAG